UUUUCCGUUGUUUGUCGUUUACAGAACCCUGUUUUGCACGAUUUCAGCCCCAAGACUGGCCCUCAAUCCGGAGGAACACGGAUUGCAAUCUACGGUGAAUUCCUUGAUGUUGGAAGAAACAUCAACGUUUUACUUGGAAGUACCCCAUGCUUGGUUGAAAGGUCCGAUGUCAAUGACAGCAGAAUAAUCUGCCAAACUUCCAGCGUCGGCCAGCUCGGUUCCUGGUCACUUUAUGUGUUUUUCGAUGGUGCAGUACGGUUUUCCCAAGGGCAGUUCACAUAUGUCCAAGAUCCAGUGGUGUCGGGAUUAGAUCCCUCAACUAGCAUCUUGUUGGGUGGUCGAAAGCUUCAAGUUAGUGGAUCUGGUUUUUCUGUUCUACAACGAACUCAGAUAUUAGUUAUUAUUCAAAGCAACCAACGGGAAUUUAUUGAGGACUGCAGUGUAGAAAGUGACGAAGUCAUGCACUGCAUUUCCCCAAGAAUUGAUGCUGUUCCAAACCAAACACUUUCAAGCGAUACGUUUUUGAACGUUUCUACUGGCUUCAUCAUGGACGCGGUCACCUCACUUCGCACCUGGUGUUCCGAUCCAAAUUCCUGUACGCUGCUGAAGUAUUACCCGAAUCCCAAAUAUUACACUUUUGAUGACCCACUUUAUGGAUACGAGGAUGGAAUUGCUGAAAUGAACGGAGACACUCUGAUCGUCCGUGGAGACCUUCUUGAUCUUGCUAUUACUAAUAACGAAAUCACUGUCUACGUUGGACGGGAUAUUUGUACCGACAUCACCCUAGAUAGGAGUGCUUUGGGUUGCAAAGUGCCGCAAACACAACUUGAGGCCGGUGAUAAUCUGGGGAGAAAAACCUCCAGAAACCUGCCAUUUGUCCGGGUGUUUCAUGGCACAAAUGUGGUCUUUGACAUCGGAUACAUCCGUUCUCCCAGCCAGUCAAACGCAGCCCUCAUCGUGAGUCUUAUCAGCGCAGUUGCCAUCUUAGGCGUUACGAUCUUGGCUGUGGUGCUGUACAAGAAAUCCAAGGCCGCCCGAAGAGAAGUUGAGGAGCGACGGACCGACCUGGUCAAGAUGACGAUUGAAAAGACCGAAGCUGUGAUUACUGUUUCCGGAGGCUUUCAUGAGAAUGCCAGAGAAUGAUGAAACAUUGACACCUUUAUGACGGAAUUAAUAAUACCCACGUUUUUUGCAGUAAUGUGAUCAUUAAAAGUUAGCUAUCGCUGUAAUAAUCAGAAACUUAUGUUGUUGAUUUAAUGUCUAUUUAACCAGAAGUACCUUCUGAUCGAAUGAAGAUUAAACUUCGCCGACAAUUUGGCUUUCCAGUGUUUCAACUUCAUUGAGUCAAUUGUUCCUAUUCAUUUACACAGGAAGUUAUAAGGUUUCCAUUCUUUAGAGUUGAUAGCGUCUUAUUUCCUUUUAUGUAUACUGUCUAAAAACCUGUAGAAAAAAGGAGCUGUAACCCAGAAAUAAUUUAUAUACUUUUAACGGUCAUUUUCCUUAUUUUUUCCUGAUUGGUAAACCUGAUUUUUCACACACUCCAGUGUUUGUCGAUUUUCUGUUAAGUACCGUUAACUGAUUUAAUUAAUACAAUGACUGAACGUUUUAUGGGACGUCAUCAUUUUUUUUUUCAUUUAAAUUUUUUGUAAUUUCUCUCUAUAAGAUUUGGCCACAUACGCACACAAAUUAUACAGCACUUUGUGACCAGUCCCUGUUGGACUACUUUUUCAUGCUAGGUUUACCUUUUGUAUAAAAGCAAGUACUCUCAUUAUUUUAAGACGUUUUAAAUGUCAGAUGUAUAACAUAUUGCUUUUUUUAUGUAUGUCGCAGGGCUCUAUAAUCUAUAAUCUCUAUAACCCUCUAUAUAGGAUUUAAUCUUAAUGACAUGUCAGGAAAUGCUGAGUGUUGCUUAGAAUGUGUUAAAAAUAAGGAAAACUUGUUAAGCUCACAUUUUUAAAAAGGAAGCUUUGUAGUUUAAAUGUAAGCCAAGUUGAACUUCAUUGCAUUUUACAAAUUGAUAACUGCAGUAUGAGUCAAUUCCAUUAUAAGGAAGAUCAAAAUUAAUUCAAACACGGCUUCUGUUGUAGCAAUUAUGAGCAUUAAAAAAGAGGUUUUAUGCUUUCAUGUGAAAUGAAACAUAAUUCAGUUCGCACGGUUCGAAAACAUUUCAUGUUUCAACCCACGAUCUAAAUGAUGUGAUACACGCUAGUAGGCAGUAUCAAAUACUCGGACAAAAUUCUCCAACGUACGCUGUGCAUGACUCGGACAUGUUUCCUCAUAAAGUUGGUUGUUUUGAUCUCCUGACUCUGAGUUCAGGCGUGUAGUCAGGUUUCCUUGUAGCUCAAAAUUCCCACAGUACUCCCCGAUUUUGCUAAAUAAAGGAUGUGAGAAAACCGUCAUUCAUAGCCACGCUGAAACAUUGUUCACGUGAAGACAAACCACGGAUACUGAGGCAAGAAAUAAAGUACAGUGGUGAUAGCGUUCAA